GGUAGCAGUCAUUUUGAACACCACAAAAACCCUGAACACAUUCUUUGUAUGGACCGUAAAGAAGCAAGUAAGGAACCUUUCCUAAAUCUGAGUUCCACAAUGGAGUCUAAAUGUUUCUGUUGCUUCGCCACUAUCAUCACUAUCUACAUAAGAGGUGUUUCCUCUCUGAGUCUGACUUCAUCUGCGAAUCCUCUGGCUGUUGGAGAAAAUGUCACUCUUACUCUAAAUCCUCAGAUGAGUAUCUCUGCUGGCACUUGGAUGUUAGAUGGGAAAGUCCUGGUGUUCUGGUACCCGGAUACAUUUAUAGUCAGUGAUAGUUACAAAGGGCAAAUAUCUUUCAACUUGUCCACAAGUCAGAUCUCUGUGUAUUCAGUACAAGUGAACAAUUCUGGUCUCUAUGUACUGCAAGGCAUGACCCCACCUGUAAGCGCAGAACUUAAACUUUCUGUUCAGGAGCCAAUCACGAAUGUUUCUCUGACAGUAAGUAAAACAAAUCUGGUGGAGUUUAAUGAGAGUGUCACGUUCACCUGCACUGCCCGUGGCACAGCAUUAGUGUUCUCAUGGUAUAAUGGCAGCUAUGAGGUCACAACAGCCAAAGUUCAACUCAUUAAUGAUGGAACUGGUCUGAUUAUUAGCAAUACAACCAGAUAUGACAGUGGGCCUUUCAGGUGUUCCGUGGCGAACGGCAUCAGUAAUGGAACAAGCGGGUCAAUUUCCCUCAAUGUCAGCUAUGGUCCCAGCAACCUGACAAUGACAUUUCUGCCAAACAUGAUGGGAUACAUUUCAGGAUCAAACAUCACUUUGUCCUGUUCUUGUGAAUCCAAACCUGCAGCAUUAUUCCAAUGGUCCUACAAUGGCAUUUCUUUUAAUAUAACCAGCCCAACCUUCCAGCUUACCAGUGCCACUCAGAACCAGACAGGAGUUUAUGUCUGCACUGCUCAAAACACAGUGACUCUCAGAUAUGCCACAGUCACCAGAACCAUCAGCAUCAUUGACCCAAUAUCCGCUGCUCCAAUGGUGUCUGCUGGUGAACCACCAAUAUUCAAUAAUUCAUUUGCCCUGAAUUGUGACAUCACGGGACCUGUGGACUCUGUUUAUUGGAUUAAGGACGGCGUGUACCUAUUUCCUGACAGCCGACUUUCUCUCUCCAACCAAAACAAGACGCUCACAUUUAAUCAGCUCACUCUCUCUGAUAAUGGAAAAUACCAGUGUGUAGCAAGCAACGCUGUGAGCAAUGUGACCAGCAUGGCCUACUAUCUAAUAGUUAAUUAUGGUCCAUGGUUCACUAGGAUUUCUGGCCCAGACAAUGCUGAAGUAGGUUCUAAUGUGACACUAAAUUGCUCUGCUUCCUCUCAACCUGCCAGUCAAUACAGCUGGUUCUUCCAAGGUUCUAAAGUGGCGGAGGGCUCUGUGUAUCAGGAUAACUCUCUUUCAAUAAACAGCAGUGGGGAAUACACUUGCCUAGCCCACAAUAACUUCACAGGAAUAAACAGCAGUGCUACAUGGAAUUUAACUGUCAUUGUGGGCAUUUCCUCAGUGGUGGUGACUCCCAGCACUCUCAUCCCUCUGGCCUCCAAGGAUAUGCAGCUCUUUUGUAACGUGUCUGGCCUUUUUAAAAGCAUCCAGUGGCUAAAAGACAACCAGAUAUUAAAUACAACAGUCACAAACUCCAUUUAUAUGAAUGACACCACUGUAGAGUUCCACCCUCUUCAGAUCACUGAUGAUGGAUCAUAUCAGUGUGUUGCCACAAAUACUUUUCGACCACAUGUUAGCCUGCCUUACCAUCUAAUAGUUAAUUAUGGGCCAGUAGACGUGACUAUAACAGCUGACAUCAAGGCCACCAUUGUCUUAAAGUGUAAUGCAAAGUCUCAGCCACCAAGUGUUUACCACUGGUUCUUUAACAACACUUUCAUUAAAGAAGAUGCCAUGUUAGUUUUAUCAUUAAUGUCUCCUCUCUGUAACAACUACACCUGUGUGGCCAUAAACCCCGUGACCAAUCAAACAUUGUCAACUUCCUAUGUUAUUUCAGAACAUAAUGCAGCACCUCCUCUUCAGACUAGCGUGUUGCUGACUGCCUUGUGUGCUCUUGUUCUUCCUGUAUUAAUGUUGCUGAAGCCCUUCUGAGCUGCUAAUUGAGGCCUGCUAACUGACUUGCGAAUCGACUGUAUUGUGCAUUCCUCUCUGCCUGAAGUCUAGCAUAUUAAUUUUAUUAUCCACGCUCCUUCUCUGAGGAACAGAUUAAAGCCAGAUAUUUAAAUUAUUUCUGUUUUCCUGAAGUAUCAUAAUCAAUAUUAAGAAUAUUAAACUUUGUUAGACAAGUCAUAUGUUCUCUAUGGAUAUACAGUGAUCUCUGGGGUGUGAUGGUUGUUUUGUCAGAGGCAUAAAUAAUGACAGAGGACCGGAUGAC